AUGAAGGCCCAGUAUCGUUACAGCCCGGAAUUCAUUCAUAUCGCAGUUGUUGGCUCCGCUGGGGCGGGCAAGUCGUCCUUCAUUAAUGCCGUCCGUGGCUUGUCCAGAAAUGAUUCCAUGGCCGCUCCUACGGGAAUCGUCGAGACCACUUACACCGUCGCGAGAUACCUAGAUCCGUACCCGAACUCCCGGAUGGUUUGGUACGAUAUUCCUGGAUCAGGCACCACAAAGGUGUCUGACUGGCAGUACUUCAAUAACAUGGGCCUCUACAUCUUCGACUGCAUCAUCGUGCUCAUAGGCAAUCGUGUCUUGGAAUCCGACCUCGCCAUCCUCCACGCCUGCGAGCAGUUCAGAAACAUUGAGGCGUUCAUUGUUCGCUCCAAGUCAGACCAGCACAUCAACAACAUGGUGUGCGAGAAGAUGUCGCAAGGUUUCGACCUUCCUGGUCCCGACAUGGACGCCAAAACACGUUCUCUCUUAUUGCAAACGAAAUCCGAAGAACGGGAGAGGUUCAUUGACGAAACGCGCAAGAAUGUACGAAUGCACCUUGAGAGGGCGAACCUCUCUCGUAAGAAGGUCUACAUCGUUUGCGUGGACGCCAUUCUUGCGGCGGUGAGCAAUUCGCGCUCUCCGAAGGCAAUUGAUGAGGCAGACCUUCUGAAUGAUGUCGAAGAAUUUGUUCGGAAGCGUCUGCAGUGA